AUGUCCCUUCUCAUCACCAUAUUCGCGCUGGUUUUCGUUACCCAGCUAAUUUCAUGGAUAGGCCAAACCGUUCUCCUAGAACUCGCAUAUUCGUUAUAUCUUCGACUAUUUCACUCGUCGCUCCAUGUGCGGCAGAGGAAGCUCAAGACCGAGAUCCUCGCCACGAAGAAGGAGCUCAUGCAGACCAGCGCGCAGGACCAGUUCGCGAAGUGGGCUAAAUUGAGGAGGAGUGUGGACAAGGGGUUGGCUGAUUUGGAGAAACUCAACGCUGAGGUCGCCUCCAACAAAUCAUCCUUCAAGAUGAAAUUCAACGGCCUCAUUUGGUCGCUAACGACGGGGCUGCAGUUCAUCGUGGGCUGGUGGUAUAGAAAGUCUGCCGUUUUCUAUCUCCCCGCUGGAUGGUUUGGCCCAUUGGAAUGGUGGCUAUCCUUCCCAUUUGCUCCCGCAGGUUCCGUGAGCGUGGGUGUAUGGCAGAUGGCUUGCCGAAGAGUCAUCAAGGUCGGGGAACGCGUCGUGAAAGACCUUAUCGCCAAUUCCUCGCAUAGCGCGGAGGCGAAGGUAGAGGCCGAGCGUCCCAGUGACGAAAAGUCCAAGCAGACUUGA